GCUCAGUACUGUAUUUACUCUAUGAUCUUCCUGGACCUCGCCAUGGGCGGCCGGGAGGAUGAUUUCGAACCGUCGGCGCUGGGCACCAAGGAGCAUUGGGAUGCAAUUUAUGAACGUGGAUUGCAGCAUUUUGAAGAUAGUGGCAAUGCUGGUGAGAUCUGGUUUGGUGAAGAAAGCAUGAGUCGUUUGAUUGGAUGGCUAGAAAAACAAAAGAUACCCUUGGACAGCUGUGUACUUGAUAUUGGAACAGGCAAUGGUGUUUUACUGGUUGAAUUGGCCAAGUCCGGUUACACUAAUCUUGUUGGAAUUGACUACUCUCCUUCUGCAAUUCAACUUUCAAAAAAGAUAAUGGAAAAAGAAGAGCUGCCUCAAGUUAAACUGCAGGUAGAAGAUAUUUUAAAUCCCUCAAAUGAAUUAUCAGGAUUUCAUGUUUGCAUUGACAAAGGAACUUUUGAUGCCAUCAGCCUGAAUCCAGACCAUGCAGCCGAGAAACGAAAACAGUAUGUGGAAUCACUGCAUAGAAUACUUAGACCAGGAGGCCUCUUUCUCAUAACUUCUUGUAACUGGACCAGAGAGGAACUACUUAAUGAGUUUGGAGAAGGAUUCCUUCUUCUGGAGGAGCUGCCUACAUCUGUAUUCUGUUUUGGAGGAAAAACUGGGAACAAUGUAACUGUGUUGGUUUUCCAACAGAAAAUAUAAAAAAGUUUGUACUGAGACUUUAUUGGCUGGCGGCACCCUGGUCCUAAAUUCUGAACUGAACUGGCAAAGAAAAUACAAAUACAGAAGAAUGAUAUGAACACACUGAUUUGUGCAUGCCACACAAUAUAGUGGCUAGGCCCAAACAACUCUAUCCCAAAUGAUGACUAAGUUAUGGAAAGUUUGUACGUUUCUUUUGUUUGCAGACUUAAUUAUAGGUAAGUUGUAUGAGGAGUGUACAGAAGGAGGAACUGUUUUGCUGUUUGUCCAAAGAGAACAUUGUAAGCAACUUUUGCAAAUGGAAUGUAAAAUAAAUUUUGUUGUGAUAAA